CUUUGGACAGCCUCUGCGGCUGGGGAAGGAGCCCUGCUGCGGAAGGAUGGACCCUGCUACGGCCAGUGGCUUCUCCCCGGAGCAGUUCCGGGAGGCCUGUGCCGAGCUCCAGCAGCCCGCGCUGGCCGGGGCCGAAUGGCAGCUAAUGAUGGAGGCCUUGGGCAUCAGCAUCUACCGGCUGCUGGACCAGCGGACGGGACUGUAUGAGUAUAAAGUCUUCGGUGUGCUGGAGGAUUGCCCGCCGGCUCUGCUCGCCGAUGUCUAUAUGGACUUAGACUACAGAAAGCAGUGGGACCAAUAUGUUAAAGAACUCUAUGAAAAAGACUGCAACGGCGAGACUGUGGUCUACUGGGAAGUGAAGUACCCUUUUCCCAUGUCCAACAGGGACUAUGUCUACAUCCGGCAGCGGCGAGAGCUGGACGUGGAAGGACGGAAGAUCUACGUGGUCCUGGCCCAGAGCACCUCCGUGCCACAGUUUGCUGAGAGGCCGGGCGUGAUCCGGGUGAAGGGGUACAAGCAGAGCCUGGCGAUUGAGAGCGAUGGCAAGAAGGGGAGCAAAGUUUUCAUGUAUUACUUCGAUAACCCAGGUGGCCAAAUUCCGUCCUGGCUCAUUAACUGGGCCGCCAAGAAUGGAGUCCCUAACUUCUUGAAAGACUUGGCGAAAGCCUGUCAGAUCUACCUCCAGAAAACCUAAGGAAGGGACUUGGGAACCUUGUGCCCACGGACCGACGUCUGCGGAAGAGCCACAACCCACGGACGCUCGGCCUUCCUUUCGCUUUCCCCGUCCUCAGAGGCCGGCACACUCUCCAGCUCGGCCCCAGCCUCCGUGUGUGCCUGACGCCCGGCUUCCUUUCCCACUCUCGCUGCCCUGGGACCCGCUGGCUGCCUCCUUCCACGGUUGAAUGUGCGUCAGAUUAACUUCUGCUUGUUUGUUUUUCAAAAGGGAAGUCCACAGUAGGGAACACAAUCACUCCAUUGUGCCUUUGGAAAGGGAUGGGUGGGUGGAGAAGCCACCACCACCACAACAGAAAAACACACACUAGUAAGAAUGCCCCUUCCAGGCAAGCUGGCUCCUGCCCAGAACUGGAUUUCUUGCGACUCUCCGACUCCCGAGGGGCCGCUGGAAGUUGCAUUCCCUGCAGAGUCGGCCCACAGUGCGCCAAGACUGGAAGGCUGUGUUGACGUCCCUUUGCCUUAGGUCUGGUGACUUGAUUUGGCCGGGGCUUGAGGGGAUAAUCCAAUAAAAGUCUCUGCCCAUCUCCACAGCUGGGGGAUCAGAAGCUGCUUUGAUUUGAAAACCACUGUAGGCCUGACUAAGCAUACGACUAUGAUGUGACAACCGUUUUUUCCUCAUCACCCAUGUCUGGGUGUUUCUCUAUCCCAUAUGCCACGGGGGAGAGGUUGGCCACACCUCACUAGCUCUUCAUUUUACUGGAAAUGGAGGCAUCCGGAUGGCUCUGGUAGUUAACAAAAGCCAAGAUGCUUUGCACACAGCCCUGUGAUAAAGUGUCCUUAUAGGCAAUACGAUGAAUUUCCCAUCUGGAACGUUUAGAGAUGUUGACAGGAUCAUGGUCCACAGCCAGGGAAAUGUUAACGAGUGGCUUGGUUGACUCUGUACUUUUUUCUCAGGAAUUUUACCCAAGUUGUCUACCCACCACCCAAAGACUUCUAUGUUUGCUCCUGAAUUUUUGGUUGGGCCAGAUAUCCUGUGACACAGCCUUGAUGAUCUCAGAGAAAACGUUUAAGCACUGUAUGUGACGGUGUCAACCUUGAUGAACGGGCCUAGACAUUCAGGAGGUAAAGCCAGAAGCCAGGGGUUUAGUAAAACGGGAUAUCUCAGACUGUACGUUUUCUCUCUGGGAAGGAAAGUGAUUGAAUACCAAAUAAAUACAGAGUGG